AUGUGUGAAGAUAAGGAAGAGGCUCGUAGCGAGGCGGCGGCGGCGGUCACUCCAAAACGUCUUUGUUGGCCGAAGCGACCCCCCGCCCCCUUGCCGGACACUAGAGGGCUUUGUUGCGCCAAACUACUUAGGAAAAAUGGAAAGGCGAAAAAGGUAUUACUUUUUGCCGAAGAAGGUUGGGCUCGUAGUGCCUCGUCGUCGUACUGGACGCUGCAGCCCUGCUGGUGGCGCCGGUCACGGUGCAAAGUGGUCGAAGUAGCCGGCACGAGAAGACACAACACUCAUGCUCGAAUGGUGGUAAGCGGGGUCAAUGCAGUGUACAUCGUUGGCACUUUUAAGCAUCUUGGCACUGACGCCGAUUUUAAGUUAUACCUAACAACAAACGUCACUCAAGCCGACUUUAAUAUGGGGUACACGAUGACGGGUACUCUAGAACGUGGCAGUCGCUCUACCAAUAACUUCCAAGUGACACAUUUUGCCGUCCUGCGUCGAUGCGAUCACGAAUCACACCACCUUAAAAACACUUAG